AUGGCUUCAACUUCAUCAUUGGCGGCGAGAUUACUCAUCCGCCACGGGAAGUCAGCGGCGAGUUUACUCUUCCGUGGACGUACGACAAAUCUCACGGAGACGAUGCAGAACACUGGUCCGGCCAUUCGGUCUCUGUUUCGGUUUAACCAGACGCCGACUAUGUUGGAUAAAGCUUCAAUGGCUUGUAGCCCAAGACAUACAUCAACAAGUCGGUUAUGGAUACGAUAG